AUGGCAGAAUUCAUGGGAGUUCAACAACCCAAGAGGAGAAAUAACCAAUCCUCUUAUCGUGAAGGAGAUCUCAUUCUAGAACGUAUCCAAAAUGCGGUUCCUCCGCCUGGUGCAACCACUGCUGGCGUGAUUCCUCCACAAAGAACAACAAUGGUCGAAAGGAAUCGGGUAAUAGAUUUAGAGGCUUCGAAUCAAAGAACUGUUCCCGUCCAGCAAGAGUUUAAGGAAGAAAGACCCAGAUUAAGGGAAAAUAGAAGAAAAAGGAUGAAGCCGUGGCCAAUCAGAAGCUUGACGGAACAGCCGCACACCGACCUCCGCGCAACCACCGGAAGCUCCGCCUUCGGUGAACCAACAACACCGCGAGAAGCCCUCCGUUCCGAUCACCCACCUCCGAUCGCGGCAACACCAGAUCCAGCGUCUCCGCCAUCUCCUCCACCACCUCAGCCGAAGCCGCAUACAACCGGCACCGCCCUAUUCAGUCCUCUGAUUGCAAGCCACCGUGGCGGAUCUAAACAAUGGGAAAAUAGAAGAAAAAGGAUGAAGCCGUGGCCAAUCAGAAGCUUGACGGAACAGCCGCACACCGACCUCCGCGCAACCACCGGAAGCUCCGCCUUCGGUGAACCAACAACACCGCGAGAAGCCCUCCGUUCCGAUCACCCACCUCCGAUCGCGGCAACACCAGAUCCAGCGUCUCCGCCAUCUCCUCCACCACCUCAGCCGAAGCCGCAUACAACCGGCACCGCCCUAUUCAGUCCUCUGAUUGCAAGCCACCGUGGCGGAUCUAAACAAUGGGUUAAAAAAAAAGGAUCUUGA